UUUCAUCAUAUGUUGGUUUUGUAAAAUUUGGUAGUUGUCUUAUUUAGGAUGCUUUUCGUUUUUCUGCACCAAGCCCUCAAUUUGUACUGGAAAUGAUUCAUCUCUAAUUGAGUAGCAGAAUUUACAAUUGUACAGUAUCUGCAAUGGCCUCCUCCUAGUACAUCUUUAGCAGGUUCAGAAUUCAACAUCUUCAAAUGGAUUUUGGAGAAGCAUCUCAAAAGUGGAUAGAUAUAUUGGACAUAUUUACUCAAGCUGCCCCAGUUACUGAAGGAAAAGGAAUGAGUUUGCUUAAGAAAAUGGGCUGGAAUCCAGGCGAAGGCCUUGGAAAAAAUAAAGAAGGUUCAUUGGAACCUCUAGUCCUCAGUAUCAAAACAGAUAAAAAAGGGUUGGUAUCUGAAGAAGAUGAUCCUAAAAAACAAGCAGCAAUAAAAGAACUACAAGGAAAGCACCCAGUAUCUGCUUUGAUGGAACUUUGCAGCAAGCGUAAAUGGAAACCACCACUCUACACUGUUGUAAUGGAUGUAGGGCCUCCUCACAAAAAGUUAUUUUUAUUUAAGGUUGAAGUAAAUGGGGUAGAAUAUCAACCAGUUAAUCCCUGUUCUAAUAAGAAGCAGGCAAAAGCAGAGACUGCCAGUCUCUGUCUGCAGGCUCUCAAUGUAUUUCCCAAGUGAAUUGUCAUAUAAGUUUUACACAAUAUAUAGAACUUCCUUAGAAAAAUGGACACAUGUAAUCUAUUACAAAGUUAUUUUAAUGUUAACAAAUUUUCUGUCUUGUACAAUUGUUUGUUGAUGAGAAGUUUCAUUUGUCAAUAGUUCUUUAAAAUAUCUCAUAUUUUAAUUUUUAUUAUAUUGUAUGUAUAAUAACUUGUUUUUUCUUCACAUGUACAAUUCAGACAAGCAGAUUCUAUCCAUAUUCCCCCUUACUCACUGUAGGUGUAAUUACAACCAGAUUAACCAUUAAUCCAGAUUAUUUUCUAAAACUGCAUUUAUUUUGUACAUAAAAAUGUCAUAAAUUUUAGUACAGGCAUCAGAAAUAAAAAUUUAUGGAUUUGC